ACGAAUGCUGAAGAGUCCGAGAAAGAAGAGUGCGACGCCAUCACGUCCGCCGCGGAGGAAUGGAUCGAGGCAGACCAGUGUAAAGAGGGAGCCACCGGAGAUCGACUUAACUGCAAUAAGACCCCCCAGCCCAACAGAGGACCCGCUUCUAUUGAGUGCAAGACGUUUGACGUCAACGUCAAGGUCUAGAUUGACCCCUGUCUUCUCAAGCUCUUCACCGUGUAGGCAUUCCAAUGUUCACGACACCCAGUCGGGGGAAUGGACAGAUACCGAAUCAGAAGGCGAGGGAGAGUUCACAGGGCGUUUCAAGAUGUUUCAGGUGCCCACGAAAGCGGACCCGCCGACGAGUGGGACAAAGGCGCGCAUGGAGGAGUGGGGUCGGCCAGUCAGCCCAUUUCCGUACGAGGCACGACUAGACAGGAGCUUGCCUGAUCCAGAGGAUAUGGAAGUUGCAGAUAGUGAGAAUGAGGUCAUGGAAGAAAAUAUCUUGGAUGCAUUGGAUUUUGAGAGCGUGUUUGAGGACAUUGUGGAGGUGCCACCUGCGUCAGACGAUCUAUCCAGCGAUUCACCAACCAGUGAUCAUAUCAGGGUAGAAGAGAGUGAAGAUUCAGAUGUGGACGUUGAAAGCAACGUAGUACGCAUCACGGGUAGCGAUCCAAAGGCUGCAGCGAGAGCCGCCGCGAUUUUGAAAUUACAUGACUACGAUUGUGUACUGGCUUCUUCCAAGCGCGGUGCUGCCCGCAAGUCGCGCACAACCUUCCUUGGUGCAGGCGUUGGGAAACACCGCAGCUCGAUACAGAGCCGGCGUGCGAUCCACAGGGGAGAUUCGACGCCGUGGUGCGAUGUCGAAGAUAUCAUGCAGGACAUCACCUUCAUCGAGCAACAUACACCUAUAAAACUGCCCCCUCGGAUCAGUAUUGGACACACUGGAAAGCGAGUGUCUCGUCCUUCGAGUGUAACAUGUGCCCAACCUUCGUAUAGACCCAAGGCGGGCGAGUGGAGGCGUGAAGACUGGAGGCUUUUGGAUAAAUGUUUUUUUGAGGAGUGCUAUCUCAACGGAGUUAUCAUUGCGCCGAAGGAGGUUAACAGGGAGGCGGUGGUGAUGCGAUUUCAAUGUCUCGCUGGAGGUCCCGAUGUUGUAAUGGGGCUGGGCCCCCCCUGGAGUUGGGAGAACUUGCUAGCGAGAGUAGACGUGCUCAUCAAAAAGCGGGCUGCACGAACCGAUCUGUCAACACUAUCUUUUACCAGCUUCGCAUCCCCAGAUGUAUCCACGCUGGCGAAUUUCACCUCUACGCCGGUUUCCCACUCGCCACGGUACCGUGACCUCUUCGACAAAGCCAGUGCCAUUGACGCAAUGAAUGUUCCCAUAUAUACAUCAUCUUACGCAGCUAGGUCUCAACCGACCAUUGUACCACCAAAUCAUCUAGCGGAAAAAACAGGUUUCUUUUCCAGGCUUCCAACAUGGGCAUCAUUUCUUUCUCCCGGUGUACAUAUUAAACCUGACGAUCACCCCGACUGCCCUCCCUUACCUCCUCCGCCCACAGAUAUCAUAGACCGUCGCAAGCCCAUCAUGACACCAGCGCGAAAAAUUUUGGAGCAGCAUAAACCGCACAAGGAUUUUGUAAAUCUUCGCCAUACUUCACCUCUACAAAAGCGCGCACAGCUGCGCAGGAACAAGCCAAAGCGUCUCGUGGAGCUCCGUCACAUAUCGCCGGAGCCUGUGCAACGCGUACUCGUAGGUGAUCGCGAGGCGAGACGGAGUAGCAGUGGUAGCGUCAAGGAUCUGAUCCAAUGUUUUGAGGGGACGAAUGAUCUUGCUGGUGAAGGAGGUUCUAUACAGAUCUCUCCAGGUGCUGUACAAAGCAGGCUUCCUUGGAAACCAUAACUAUGCAUUUAGACCGGAAUAUUAGGAUAAUCAACUUUGUAAUUGGGCAUUAGAAUACACAGCAAGAACAAAUGUUUGAACGACGAAAGUCGCUGAUGUACGACAAAAC